CCCUCUGGCCCACACCAGUAGGCGGUAGGUGAAGUGUCUUGCCCAAGGACACAACGACCGAGACUGUAUAGUACAGUAUAUUAGCAGAGUUUUUCUGUCCUCACUAAGUGUUGUCCUCAUGAAUGUAGACUAAGCUAUACAGACAGGUAAACACUCUCCUUGUCAAAAUCCAAGGAACAGGCCGAUGUAUUGAGUUGGAUGAUUUAAUAAGGAUAAAGUGUAAAACUGUUGACAAAACCAGAAGUAAAACCAAUUAAAAUGUUGCAUCAAUAUGCCUUGUUGGGGUUAUAAUACUGUACAAAGCACCUUGAGCCAAUCUUUGUUAUGAUUUGGUGAUAUAAAUGUAAUGUAACUGAUAAACUGGGACUACACACAACAGUGCACAGUGUUUGAGAACAACUUCUUGGUUCUUUAACCUGUUCUCUUUUACUCCACUACUGUCACCAUUUUAUCUAAGUCUUUGAUAAAAUAUCUCUGUGAUCAACAUUAUUUGUUAGGAUCUUAACAGAGCUGCAGGAAAAAAAGUGAAACUCAUUUGGUUUUGCUCUACAGAGAUGCACACUGAGUCACAAAUCAACUCAACAUACCAGUAAAAAACAAGAAAGCAAAACCAAAAGAAAGAUGUAGGUAUGGUAGGAUGAAUAGGUGUGGCAGGUUGUGUUAUUGUGUCAGUAUGUGUAAAGAUUACCACAGAUAGCAGACACGCCAAUGCACAAUAUGGCAACAAUGAAGCAGGAAUUUUAGUAAUCAUGAUCAUCUUCAGAGAUACAAAAAUGCUGUAUAGAUGUAUACAUUACCAGCUGUUCUUGUUGUUCUGGAGCCAAAACAGCAUCUGUCCCUGCUGGCCUAAAGCACUGCCUAACCUAAUAUUAUCAUAUGUAGUUGUGAUGGAGGUGGUAAGGAUGGUAAUUAAGCAGUACAAUGGUUUGAUUCUUUUUUAAAAUUAUUUUCCUUUUUUUUUUUUUGGUAAGAUACUGUGGGACAGCUAGGUACAAAGGUGUGCCAAGGUGUGGCCGAUUAAUUAAUUAUUCUCAAAGUUUCCAGACUUUUAGGAUCAUGAAUCAUCCUGUUCUAAAUAAAAUGUUUUGCGUUUGUUCAUCAGACAGAGAAACAUCUUAUGUUGGAUGCUCUUGCUAUGUGAGGAAAUGUGCAGCAUGUAUCAGUAAUUGAACUACACAAUGUGACAGAUGAUUGUGCAGGUGUCUGCUGUGAAAAUUGUUUUUUUAAUUUCUGUCAGAGAUGUGCUGUAAAAGAAACCAGAAGAAAAACACAGGAAAAAAACACAAGACUAUUAUACUUUGUGUAUUUGUGACUAUUGAAAAUAAUAUUGAAGGAAAAUAACUUUUUCUUUUUAAAAUACAAGCUGACAAAGGACAUAUUUAGUUGUUUCACAUUAUCACAUUUGCUCUCUAUUAUGCAUUUCAGAGUCACUGGGUGAGAGGUGAGGUUGGGACAGGUCACUGGUCUCUCACUGAUUAAAAUACUUUUUUGUUCUCAUAGUUAUCACUGGGGUUUUGAAAAAAAGAGAUUAAAACAAAAAAUGUUUAGAGCAAGGGUAAUUCACAAAUUAACACUUAAAUAUCAGAGAGCAUUAACUUCUUUAGAAAAAUAUUUGUUGUCAUUUAUUGCUUUUACUUUGGUUGUAAUAUCUGAAUAUAAAAUGCUUCGAACACUUAUUCACAGCAAAAAUUAAGUCAGAAAAAAAAUCUAAACCUUCAGAAAAAGUAAACAAACAAACAAACAAACAAAAAACUUGUGAUGGUUACUGGGUAUUGUUGUGUGAAAUGGAAAAUAGCCUGAUUCUUAUAUGGUGAAUCUCUACUUUACCAUUGGCUUACAUCACUUCCUUCUUUCUUGCUUCUAGCUAACCAUAGCACAGUGUUACAAGUAAAAGCAGCUCCUGUAAGAGUUGUACACUCUUCUCUAUUACUGAUAAAUGCUGUUACCAUAGCAUUUAUCAGCUGAAGAGCAAGUGGAUUUACAUCAGCCUGUAUGCUUAUUUGCAUUUAUGCUCCAAAAAAAGUUUAAUGUGUGUUUGUUUUGUCCUGUUGAAACAGCCAGCUGUGCCAUCUGCCCAUUUAACCUUUCUCCAAAAGACAUUUCGCUCGUCCAUAACGAGGAGCUGCGACAGUCGAGCUUCAAGAUGUCGGUCCAAGAUGUUUUGGAGCCGUUGCUUCUUUCUUAGUUGGCAUGCUCACAGUCCAUGGUCAUAUAACACUGGCUUCACUGUGGACGGUGACGCUCGUGUUGCAGCAGUUUUUAGUUCAUGGCAGGGUUGAGCUUUGUGAUGGACACAAAGUACCUUUGCUUUAUUAACAACUGGAAAGUUAAUGAAACAUGUUUGAUUUUGCUCCACAGGGUGAAAUGAAACAGAAAACCACAACAUGACGAUUAAAGAAAUUAAACCAAAAAAGUAAGAUAGGAAUGUUAGAUUAGUCACAACAGGUGUGACUGGUUCUGUCGGUGUGGGUGUGCACUCUAGUAGUAUAAAUAUCUGCAGACACAGAGGCACAAUAACCACUGCUCAUCUUUAUCCACACUUUAAGGAAUCAUGGAGGUUUCAACGUUAAAGAAAAUGAUAGAUGUUUUGAGUAUCUGUGAAGACGUUAUGGUAGAAAAAACAGAUCUCAUCAUUGAUGGUAAUGCUCUUUACUAUUUUUUGUAUUAUACAUCUGAUCCAAAGCUGGACCAGCGAUGUGGAGGGGAUUAUCCUGGAUUCAAACAUGAGGUCUGUAAGUUCUUUAAGACUCUGCAGGACUGUGAAGUCAAUCCGUACGUCAUCCUGGAUGGAGGCUCAGGACCCGAGAAGCAUAAAAAAAAUGUGUCUCGUCUAAAAUAUAAACUGAAAAAAGCAAAGACAAUAGCAGAAACUGAGCCUGAUGGCACUUUACCAGAGGGAUAUAAUGUGUUACCACCUCUGGUCAAAGAUGUAUUCCUAGAAAUCUUAAAGGAAGAAAAAAUAGAGUUUGAAGUGUGUUUAGGAGAGGCAGACCCUGAGGUUGUUUCUAAGGCAAAUCAGGAACAAUGUGCUGUGCUGUCCAUUGACAAGGAUUUUUACAUCUUUGAUGUGCACAAAGGUUUCCUUAAUCUCCACAACUUUGAGUGGAAAAAAGAAGAGGAUGGAAAAAUUCCUGCUAAGAUCUACACACAUUCAAAGUUUUGUGAGCAUUUUAAAUUGGACCCUGCUCUCAUGCCAGUCUUUGCUUCAAUAGCAGGAAAUGAUUAUUCAAACUUAGAAGACAAUGACAUUUUUGCAAAUAAAUCAUCUUCACCUGGUGAGUCCAGCAUUAAAAGACUGGAUGGUAUGCUCGGCUUUUUAAGUGAAGUGAACCUGGAUGGCUUGAAUGAUUCACGGAAGAGAGAACGUGCUCUGAGUGAAGCUUUAAAGUAUGUUGGAAAAAAAGAGAACCAAACAUUCAAAUUCGCCAUUGAAAGAUAUGUUGAACCAGAAAAAAACAAAAAACAACCAAGUUCUAAGUUGCCACCAUGGGUGUGUAAAAAAGUUGAGCACGGAGAACUCACCAGUUUCGCCACAAGUGUUGUGGGUCAGAAGACAAUGAUGCUGACCCCACUUGUGGAGGACUUUUCACAGCGCAGUAGUUAUCAAGCUGCUUACCGCAUCAGACAGUACUUCUAUGGACUGUUAACAGGAGAUAAGAUUACUGAAUAUGACAGGAAUGGAGAAAAUAUCAAACACUACCAUGUCCGACCAAUACCUCCCAGCAGUCAUGAACAGAAACAACUGAAACUACAGUGUCUGACAGAGUACCUCUCUAUGCAGGAUGAGCGUCGCAGGGUGUUUGAAGAAGCUCUGGAGGUUCAGACUUCAGUCUUAGAAAACAUCCCCAACCAGCUGAAGCUGCCAGUCUAUGUGACUGUUUUCUGGUUCAAGAGUCUACAACAGCACCACUGCCUCCACGCCCUCCUGCUGUGGUUUGUGUGUAAGCCCGAUGGUCCAGAGGACGAGUUUGAGAGGAAGAUGAAAGUUUUAAAUGAUGAAGGUGUGAGUAACUGGAAGCCAUGUGUGGCUCAUGCUUUCAGCCAAUGGCAGUGCUGCAUGAGGCAGAGCCUCCACCUGAACCAGCUGCUGCUUUCCCCUCUACCAGAACCUCAGUUUGCCCGGCUUUACUGUGGACCUCUCCUUCAUCGGCUGGCAGAUGGAGACACGAUUGAAGAAGUACAGAAAACACUGAGAGGAGAAAAGAAGAAAUUAUAUGAGAACCUGAAGACUGUUUGUAAUCCUUCUCCUGGAGAGGGAUCCUCUGUCCUGAGAGUUGAGGUUCCCUCUACUGGGGAGCGUUCCUCUGGUAUGAGUUCCUCCAGUGAGGAGGGAUGGGAGCAAGUUGCAAACAACAACAAAAGCCAAAAAAAGGGAAAAAAGAAGAGAGCUACCAGAGAAAAAGCUGAUAAAUGAGACUCUGAGUGAUGAGCUGACCAGAGAAGGACUUUCUGAUCCCGAAGCUCUGUUCUGUUACUUCUCUUCAAAUGUACUCUAACACAACUGUUGCUACUAGCAUUUGUCUGAUUUGAUUGUAUUCUAAUUUUUGCCUCAUAACUUUUGCACUGUCCACUUCCUGCUGUGACAAAACAAAUUUCCCACGUGUGGGACUAAUAAAGGUUAUCUUAUCUUAUCUUAUCUUAUCUUAUUUUGAACACUGUUUACCAAGGAGUUUUCAAAACUUUUAAAAUAAGGUACUAUUAUCUCUAUGUGCCACUAUCUUCAUAUAUGGAAUUAGCAUUAAUUUGAUAUUAGAAUUUCUAGUGUAGGGGCAUUUAGUGAUUCCGGUUAGUAUGAUAAUUUACAUCCAUCCAUCCAUCCAUCCAUCCAUCCAU